AUGGCUCCUGCUGUUCCGCGGUUACGCAUUCUCUCAGUGGGCGGCAACGCCGUAUCAGCCUUCUUAUCAUGGCGGCUGCAAGCCACCAACGCCUGCGAUGUUACCCUUGUCUGGAAAUCGGGAUACGAUAGUGUCGCUCAAUAUGGCAUCUCAUUCAAAUCAGCGCUUUACGGUAAUGAGCGAUUCAAGCCAUAUGCUGUUGUUCGCACUCCGGAAGAUGCCGCUCAUUCUUCCAAGCAGCCUUUCGACUACGUGCUUCUCUGCGUCAAGGCCCUCCCAGAUGUAUACGAUAUUGCCAACAUCAUCGAAUCUGUCGUCUCACCUCAACACACGUGCAUCCUUAUGAAUACAACACAUAGCCUCGGUGUCGAAUCAUAUCUUGAGCAACGCUUCCCCACAAAUGUUGUGCUUUCAUUGGUUUCCGGAGCAGAGAUUUCGCAGCUUGGAGCUAGCGAGUUCGAGCACAAGGGCGCAACAAACAUCUGGGUUGGUGCCGCCAACAAGAACGCAAACAUCCCCCCGCAGAUUCAGUCGGACAUGGCCGAGGCUCUCGCCAUGACUUUGAGCUCUGGACAGGUCGACUGCAAGGUCUCCCAAAACAUCCGACAACAACAGUACGAGCGAAUGAUAGGCCCAAUCGCAUUCCAUCCCGCCAGUGUCUUGUUCGAGACACCCAACCACGCCGAAUUAUUGGAAAAGGUUGGCGUGCGACCUUUGGUCAAUGGCGUGCUGGACGAGAUGCUCGCACUGGCAAAAGCCUCUGGCUGCUCUUUCCCGGCAGACUUCCGCGAAAAGACGUACCAAGACAUGAUUCGCCCCCAAGAGCACAACAGCACCAUGUGGCUCGAUUUCGAGGCCAAGCGUCCCAUGGAGAUUGAGACAUAUCUUGGUGCCCCCUUGAAGCUUGCACAAGAAGCUGGCGUUGCUGUGCCGCGAAUCGAAACGCUGUAUGCGACGCUCCAUCAUAUCAACAUUGUGAACCGAAACCGCCCAGCAGCACCCGCUGUUGCACCCAUCCAACCAUCCCAAAACGGCAUGCAGCCACCACCAAGAAUGUCUUCAGCUCCCAUGCCGCGAGGACCCCCUGCGCAAGGCGCCAUGAUGAACGGCAACGGCCCGGUCAAGGGCGGCCCUCGUCCAGGCAGUCGUGCUCCUUCUGUCAACGGUGGUCCCCCCAUGGCGCGUCGUGGACCCCCUCCUGGCCCCAACGGCUACCCUCCAAGAAUGAAUGGCGCCCCAAACGGGCAGCGACGGCCUUCGAUUGAAGGAGGGGGAGACCUUGAAGAGUUUUCACAUCUCAUGCUCUACGAUGACAUGGUGCCAGACGGUCCCAACGGUGGUCCUUAUGAGAGCGCAGGCAACGCCUCCAACAUGUCACUUCGAGAACGAGAACUGAUGCUGAGGCAGCGGGAACUACAGAUUAGAGAACAGGAGAUGAACAUGCGACGUGGACCUGGCGGACCUGGAGGCCCCAUGGGUCGCGGAAGGCCUCCAGCGCCUCCUUCCAUGGCCGGUUUCGACGACGACGAUGACGAUGGUGACGACUUCUUCGACCCCAUGGGAGGCCGACCAAUGAUUGACCCGGACAAUUUCGAUAUGAUGAGCGUCACGUCACGCCGCAACCGCUCAGCGCCCAGUGCCAAGCAGAUUCGCCAGAACCCCGAGGGUGCAGGCUUCGGACCUUUGCCCAACAGAGGCCCGAGAAAUCCCUUUUCGCGUUCUGGUGCAAACAAGAAUCGGAGUAGUGCUCGGCUGAUGGCGGACGUUCCGGGCCUUCAUGACUCGAUUAUGAACAACCCGCUCAUGGGCUACUCAUCUGACCGUUACGGCCAUGUCGAUCGCGGUGCCAUGGGUGCACAAUCGAGAACUAACUCGCUCACAUCAGCCCGUCUUGACGAUAUCUCAGGCGGCGCCGGUUAUGGUGCCUAUCCUAACCCAAACGGUCGACGAAUGAGCCAGUCACCAGGUAACCCCCUCAGCCCCGGCCCCAGGCCCGGCGGCCGACCCUCACCACCCAACGGGUAUGCGCACAAUGGCAUGCCACCAAACGGAAGACCCUCGCCUCCCGGUAUGGCACAACCAGGAGUGCCACAACAUGUUGAACAGCACGCUGGGGUGAGCAAUCUGUACCCGCCCAAGUCUCGUCCCCAAGUUCGCAGUCUGACUGGAAGCGCUUCCAACAGUAGCGCGGCUCUAGAUUCUGAAAACUCUGCGCAUAGCAGCCAAAGCAGCCUAGGCCCGCGUCCCCCGGUGGGCGUUCGGUAA